AUGAGCUCUUAUUUUGUCAAUUCACUCUUCUCCAAAUACAAAACCGGAGACUCCUUGCGUCCCAAUUACUAUGACUGUGGGUUCGCUCAGGAUCUUGGGGGCAGACCCACGGUGGUGUACGGACCUAGCACGGGGGGCACCUUCCAGCAUCCGACUCAAAUCCAGGAGUUCUACCACGGGGCAUCUUCACUCUCCAGCUCCCCUUACCAACAGAAUCCCUGCGCCGUGGCGUGCCAUGGGGACCCCAGCAACUUCUAUGGCUAUGACCCCUUGCAAAGGCAGAGCCUCUUCAGCACCCAGGAGUCGGACUUGGUGCAGUACACGGACUGCAAGCUUGCUGCCAGCGGCCUUGGAGAAGAGGUGGAGAGCUCGGAGCAGAGUCCUUCUCCGACCCAGCUUUUUCCUUGGAUGCGACCGCAAGCAGCCGCUGGACGGAGGAGGGGGAGGCAAACCUACAGCCGCUACCAGACGCUGGAACUGGAGAAGGAAUUUCUAUUUAAUCCCUACCUGACCCGCAAACGGAGGAUCGAGGUCUCUCAUGCCCUGGGAUUGACAGAAAGGCAGGUCAAAAUCUGGUUCCAGAACAGGAGGAUGAAAUGGAAAAAGGAAAACAACAAAGACAAAUUUCCCAGCAGCAAAUGUGAGCAGGAAGAACUGGAAAAACAGAAAAUGGAAAGAGCCCAGGAGGUGGACGAGGAAGGGGAAGUACAGAAGGCGGAUAAGAAAUAAAAGCAUUUUUAAAGACUGAAAGGCAAGUGCUGCUGGAGUAGAAGAGUUCCUGAGCCCCACGUUAAUGGCAGUUAAUGUAAGGGAGGGGUGGGGAAAAAAACAACAAUGCAUAGAAAAGAUAAAAGAAAAACCCUUUUAUUGCUGUAAAACAAUAUAACUGUAAGCACCACUUUCCUGAUUAUCCUUUGAUACAAUGAACAGUAUGCAAGUGAUCGGGAGAUCUCUUCUGCCUUUUGCCAGUUAUUAACUAGUGGUAGUGUAACGCAAUAGCUAAUGUAAAACAUGACUGUGAAAUUCUCUCUCUGUCGUUCUCUCUCUUCUUUCCAGGGGAGUGGGUGGGUUGGUUAACAUAGCUUUCAACA